AUAAAAGGGGAGGAUCCAUGAUACACGAGAGAAACUGAGAGAGCAUAUAUACAUACAUACAAACAUUGCAGGGGUGGAGGGGGGAGAAGGGGGCUACCAAAUGAAAUAAAUCCCUUUUUCAACAUUCACUUUUCAAUCUGCCUGAUUUCUAACAACAAUCUUGGGUUGCUCUGUUUCCUUGGCCCCAUUUCCCUUUCUUCACAAAAGAAAAGGAUAUUUGGGGCCUUUUUACAGGAAACAUUGCAAGGCCAUGAAAAGAAACAGUCUUCCUCCUCAUGGAUUAUCAAACAGGCAAAUCAGCAAUCAUGAAUCCCCUUCACUCCGUCUCUAUCAAGUCUGGAAAGGAAAUAAUAUCUUUGCUUUAAGGGGCAGAUUAAUAUUUGGACCUGAUUCAGGGUCUCUUUACCUUACAAUCUGCCUCAUUGCGGUUCCAGUAAUCUUGUUUUGCUCUCUGGUUUCUCAAAGUCUUGUGAAAUACUUCCCCAACAAUGUAGGCCUUAUUUUGGUAGUUAUUCCUGCUGUCCUCACUUUAUAUAUUCUUGUCCUUAUCUUCCUUGUUGCUGGAAGAGAUCCCGGAAUUAUUCCCCGGAAUCUACCUACUCAAGAACAAGAUGAUGACUGGGAUGCAUCUUCUAGCAUGUCCUCUAAUGGUUGGGGUGUAGGGCAUAGUGGUAAAUUUCUAGCACCUUCAAAAAGUGUUAAUGUUAACGGGACGGUGGUUAGGGUCAAGUUUUGUCAAACUUGCUUGAUCUACCGCCCACCAAGAUGCUCACAUUGCUCCGUAUGCAACAACUGUGUUGAGCGCUUUGACCAUCAUUGCCCAUGGGUUGGACAAUGCAUCGGCAGGAGGAAUUACCGAUCCUUUUUCCUGUUUGUAACCUCAACCGCACUCCUGUGCUUUUAUGUUUUCGCCAUCUGUUGGGUAAACAUCAUCAUGACUAUGCAAGAAAACGGUUCAAGUAUCUUGGAAGCUAUAGUGAAGUCCCCUGUAUGCGGGAUUCUUAUAACCUACACGUUUACAGUUCAAUGGUUUGUCGGAGGCUUGUCUGCAUUUCAUCUUUAUUUGGUCAUCACCAACCAGACUACUUAUGAAAAUUUCAGAACCCGAUACGAGAGGAGGAGGAAUCCCUUCAACAAAGGAUGUGCUCAGAAUUUAAAAGAAGCCCUCUUCUCUAAAACGCCUCGUUCCCAGAAUGAUUUUCGUGCAUUUAUAAAGCCUGAAGCGUAUUCCCAGUACAAUAGUUCAAGAUAUUUUGGGAACGCGUUUAGCAUGAAUUUCUCUAAAAGAAGCUAUGAAACAGAGAGUUCUGCUGAUGGAACCGAGCUUGAUCUUGAAAGAUGUGAAUCGAAUCCAGUGGACCGUUCGAAUAAAUGGGCCGCUGCGCCCGAUUUGCAUAGAUUGGCAUCCAAGUUUAUAAACGAAAAUCCAACGAGAGAUAAGGAAAAGAGGAACACGGGAAUAUGCAACCUAUAGAAAGGGGAAAGAAGUAGAAUAGGUGUUGUGGGGUCAUAUUCUUUAUUGAUUUUAUUUAAUCGGGUGCUGUAAAAUGCGAUGAUAAGGUCGUUUGUGCGACUGGUUUUUUGGUGUCCCAACACUUGGUAAUGAAAAUAACGCAAAGCAUUCUUA